AUGGAUGCAAAAAUUCCACGAGUGUUACUCAGCAUAGCAUUAGCGGCUAUGCUGCCUAUGGCUUCGCUAAAUAGUCAAGAUGAAGUAGCAAAAGAAAAUACACCGCAUUCGCGCCAAAAAAGGUUGCUGUGGAUCACAAACGACGGUCGAUUGGCUUUACCUCCUGGCACUACAAUGACAAUUACACCUUCAUUAUCUCUUCCAUUCGUUAGGCAUCCACCAGUAGGAUUUUUAUCUAAUAUGACGAUGGCAUUUCCUUUUAGCAUUGACUUCGACAAACUAGGUUUAACGGAUAAUGAAAAUCCUUUUGGUGAUUUCCCACCAAUUUUGUCAAGGUCUAUGGGAAGAGCCGCUGUUUCAGUGAUAGCCGAUUAUAUUGGCGAAUAUUUAAAUAGAAGACGGGGAAAACGAUCAGUAAUAACCAUGACUCCCGAACAGGAGAAGGCAGCGCUCGAAAAAUUGUAUGGAGGAGAGAGGGCCAUAUUGUAUGGAAUUGCUGAAGAUAUGUUAGCCAACUUUGGGCUAUCAGGCAAGGAGUGUUUGUUACGAGCUAUUUGCGAAAUUCAAGCGCAUCCUUUAAAAAAUUUCGGUUUUCUAGGAGAAGUCAUGAAGCUUUUCUUUACGCCAAGUAAGUCGCCGUAUGCAGGUUUGAUGGACGAGUAUGUGGAGGCUCAAAGGGCAGGCGAAGCAGGAGGCGAGUGUUGGCCCUACUACCGUCUAUGUCCUAAGAGUAUCUUUGAGUCUUCAAACAAAUAUUCGAAGGAAGCAGAUGACUUACACAGGCGACAAGAACACGACGAUAUCGAAGAGAACAAAAUAGAAGAUGUACAGGCAAUGUAG